UUAUCAUUUUGUAUGUUAAAAGUUCAACAUGAUACUCAUAAGAUUUUUUUUUAGUAAUCGCGUCAUGGCUUCUCUGCAAAUUUCGAAAAACACCCUCACAAAAUAUGUGAAAAUUGGUAAAGAAAAUGGUGUUUAUAGUACUCCUGGAAAAAUAAGAGCUCGUAAGGCGGAAGUUCGUGAGGUUUCUGAAGAAGUGAAAUCGGACAUUAGUAAUAUCAUUUACGAAUUUUGCAGAGAACGUCGAUCGAUAACAACCGCAGAAUUGAUAGCGAAAAUUAGAAAUCGAAAAAUUCCUUUUGACGGUUGUCAAGAAACGCUAAGGAAGGUACUGCAUGAUAUUGGUUUCACCUAUAAAAAACGAAAUGGCUUACGAUACGUCAGGCAACAACCAUAUAUAAUUAUAAAGAGAUUAAUGUUUCUUCGAAAGUUUAAAGAAAAUCACGACAGUAAACGACGGAAAGUAAUAUUUCAGGAUGAAACUUGACGUAUCAGCAUGGCACAGGAAAAGUAAAAGAUUGGCAAAACCAAGAUGAAAGAAGCUGUUCAUUAAGAAAAGCUACUCCUGGAUCUCGUUUCAUGAUUUGCCAUGCAGGAGGAAGAGAGGGUUUCGUUGAGGGAGCUGGAUUAAUUAUGUGUACCAAUAAAAAAAAAUCUGAAGAAGAUGAUUACCAUAAUUCUAUGGAUUCAGAUCGAUUUCUUAAUUGGUUUAAGACGAAAUUGAUCCCGAAUCUGGAAGAGCCAACCAUGAUUGUAAUGGAUAAUGCAUCCUACCAUUCAAGUCAGAGCGAAGAGCAACCGAAGUCAGCUUGGAAGGUAGAUAAAAUAAAAAAAUGGUUGAACGAUCGAAAAAUACCUUUUGAUUCUAAAUCUAACAAGAAGAUCUUAUUGGAGUUGUGUGCUUGCCAUAAAGAACCCGAUAAGUGUGAGCUUGAAGAAUUAUUGAAGGGAACUGACCAUGUAAUUCUACGAACGCCACCGUACCAUCCCUUCUGUAAUGCCAUUGAAAAUAUAUGGGGAAUUACCAAAAGGAAAUAUGAUAAAAAAAUUGGUCGCAAUCAUGAUUAUUCUAAAGAGGCAGCUUUAAAAACCUGGGAAGAAGCUCUGAAUAGUCAAUGCUGAAAUGUGGAGUAAUACAAUAGACCAUGUGGAAAGAAGAAUAUUGGAAGACUAUGAAAAAGAAGUUGGCCAGAACAUUACAGUUAUUUUUAAUGACGAAGAUAAUGUUGAUGAUAGUGACGAUGGUUGUAAGGAAAUUGACUAUGGUUGUAAGGAAAUUGACGAUGGUUGUAAGGAAAUUGACGAUGGUUGUAAGGAUAUUGAAACCAUGGACAGUACUAGCUCCAAUGAUUCCGAUGAUUGGAUUUCAGUUUCACCGGCCGAUAGUUUAAAAUCAAAGGAGGAUAUGGAAGUUGAUUAUGUGGCUGCAUGUAUUGAAACUAAGAAGGCUCACAGGUCACUUCUAUCAGAAUUAAAAUCUGUUCAGCACCAUAAUCAGCGUCCCGUAAUGGAAACUUCUAAUGGUUCAAAUGAUUUAAUCAAACCUAAGAAAGAUUUUUCAGUAAAAAAAGGAACAAGCGACAACCCAAAAACAGGCAAAGACACGAAUCUACCAAAAAAAAAAAGCACAUCAGAACGCGAAUUCUUCUCAUGUUAAGCCGCCAAUGAACCAAUAUAAUGCAUCGGACGUAUCUGAACAAGAGCAAAGUUUGGCUAUAGAAAGUAUUGUGCCUAGCUUUUCGGAAGUUUCACCAAGCAAAGAAUUAACAGUUCGAUCUUUCGACGAUUAUUUGUUUUACAGAGGAUUAUUAGACGAUUCACUGAUUUCAACCGUGAUGGGUGAAAUUAAAGGCUCUGAUAUAAAAACUUUAUAUCCUCAUAAGUGGCUGAAUGAUCAGGUGAUCAACGUGUACUUCAAAAUGAUCGAAAGAAGAGAUCCAACGAGAGUGCAAUGUUGUGAAUCGUUUUUUCUUAUAGAUCUCGUAGCUAAGGACUACAUAAGAUUAAAUAAAUGGACUAAAAAUGUUGAUAUUUUUUCAAAAAAAUUGAUGUUCAUACCUUUACAUCUCGAAGUGCAUUGGAGUCUUGCUGUUAUUAAUUUUGACGCAGAAACAAUUACAUAUUAUGAUAGCAUGAAUGGAAAUAAUGAAGAAUGUUUACAAAUCAUUUUGGAAUAUCUGAAGUAUGAACAUCUGAAUAAGAAAAAGAUUCCUCUAAAUACAAGUAAUUGGAAAAAAAUCCAUGCCAAAAAUAUACCACAACAGGAUAAUGGUGAUGACUGUGGAGUUUUCGCUUGCUCGUACGCUGAAUUAUUAUCACGCAAUGAAGAGCUGAAUUUUUCUUCAAAAAAAAUCGUUGAUAAAAGGUUCGCAAUGAUGGAAGAAAUCACUACUGGCCAGUUGUACCCAUCAACAAUAAAUAUUACAGAGCAAAAAAGGGCUCCGUCAGCCAAAAAAACAACAUCAAAAGCUGUACUGAAUCAUAACAGCAAGAUACCGACUGACAUUCCCGGAGGCUACGUUUAUCAAUCAGCGUCUUUUCACCAAGAAAGUACAAAGAUAUUUAAUCAUGAUUAUGCAAAUGCACAAUGCACGGCCAUUUCGACUUAUGCCAUUGUACGUUUAUGCUUGCAAAACAAAGAUAUUGAUGUCAAUUGGCUAAAUAGUAUUCUGAUAGAGGGUGACAGGUACUAUUUAGAAUGUAAAAAUAUAAAAGACAUAACGUACAAUCAUCUUGGGACCGAAGAUUUACUGACAAGAAUUGAAGUCGAUGGGAUCAAUGUUGACAUCAACAUUGAAGAUAUCUACAGCAAUACAUACAGCGACAACUGCCUGGAGAAAAAUUUAAUAGAUUUCUUGGAAAAAUUAAUUAAACGCUCGGCUCCUACACUAAACAAUCAUGGAUUUAUAUUUAUCGGAGACAAUAGAACUGUAGCUUUUAAAAUAGUUGUAGGUUCUGAUUCCCGAAAAUAUGGAUUUUUAUUGUUCAAUUCUCAUUCGAUCGACUUAAACAAUAAACCGGCACCUCUAGAUUUAGUUUUAGCAAGAUUAUUCUACUGCGAAACGUCAGCCGCUUUGGCGACAUUAUUAACGAAACAUGUUUGGCAAAAAAAGUCUUGGUUUACCAUCCAUAGGAUUGAAUUAAUUUCAAAAUAAUUAACCGGAUAA